AUGCCGGCGUGGUUAUCGGGACUUUCAGGAUGCGCGGGCCUCGGCGCACCGUGCACUCUUGCACGAAGGGCUCGGCGUGCACCGUCUCGCUGUCCGGCUUCGGCCUGCGGGAGUCGAACAGGCUGCUCCUGGACCCAGCGGGCCAGUGCGCCGCGAACUCCAGCCUCGCGAACGGCUCCACAGGGAACUCCAGCGGGGUGGGGAACUCCAGCGACGCUGGAAGUUUCAUACAGGGCUUUGCGGGCAUCGACAGCUUCGCAGCACCGCUGGCAGAAGACCCUUUCUCAUACUACCUUGGCGUGGCUCUCACGGGCGACCCGCUGCAGACGUACGAGCUCUGCUGGCGGGAUGCGGCAGCAGACGGCAACGCGUCCGACGAGAGCAACGCGUCCGAGGAGGGCAACGCGUCGUCCCCCGCGGCGGUUGACGUGCAGAGCGUCCCGGCCGGUGCCUUCAUCCUGGCCGGCCCUGCCGACAGCCAGGAGUUCGUCUGCGACUCGGGCUGGCCGUGCGUUUUGCCACUGGUCGGCCGCGCGCCAGACACCACGGACUACUGGCUGGUCGCCGGCCCAGAGCAGCACGCGGCCCGUAGCACGCUGGCGGUUCCUGGGCGGCUGCUCGCUGAAGUGGGCGCCAGACAGCCUCGACCCCAUGUACACCUGGUCCCUCGUGCCGAGCAACGACAUGGACGCAGACACCCAGCUGGACACCUUCUGGAUCGUGUCCGGGUCGCUCUCGGCGUGCCCUGGCCAGAUGCUCUACCUGGACGGGGCCGGCUGCUCCCCGGUGCUGAAGCCCUUCGACGGCUCCACGUCCGCGCGGUGGAUGCUGGUGAGCGCGAACUCCACGACUCAGGGCUGGAUCACCUCCACCAGCGACAGCGCCUGCCCGUCGAUGAUGCUGGCCCUGGAGGCCUACCGCCUGCGCUCCGACCACUUCGUGCGCGCGCCGAUGGGGCUGUGGUCUGUGCUCCCCCUGGACACCACGCCGUGGCCGCACAGGAGCAGCGUCUUGCUGGUCGAGGGGCAGGCGAGCUGCGACGAGGAGGCCGUGCCCGCGGCCCUGCCCGGCAUGACCAACCCGGCCACCUGCUGCCGCAGGAAGGGCGUGGAGAGGGCGCUGGACCUGACCCUCACCCUGGGCACCCACUCCACCAGCCCCGGGCAGCUGACGGUCUGCUGGGGCCUCUCCGCCGAGGAGGGGCGCUUUCAGGGCGCAGCGCCCCCGCCCGCGGCCGAGCAGCACCUGGUCAAGGUGGGCAGCCUCGUGCUCCACGGGCCCGAGCUCCUCGGCAGCAUCUCGUGCGUGCUGGGCGCGCUGUGCACCGUGUCGCUCUCGGGGCUGGGACUGUCCGCCCUCGACUCCCUCGUUCUCCACAGCGGGGCCGACUGCCUCUGGGCGCUGGCUCCACCGUUCGGCCCCGCCGCAGAGUGCGCGGCCGACGGGUCCGACGCGUACGUGUCGGCGAGCAUUGUGAGCUACGAGCGCCUCAUCGUCUCGACAACAUGCGCGGGGCUCGCAGGGGUUGCCUCGGGCGCUCUGGCCAAGUUGGCCACGUACGCGGUGCCGACGUCGAUCCGACUGCUUCCAGAGCUCAGUGCCUACACGCUGCCCGACCACGGUCCUGUGGGUGUUGCGCUCGACGGGAUAGCCAUGUGGGCCGGCAGCGCACCUGCAGACGACUCCGUGCACAGCAACGCUUCCAAUGGCACAGGCCGCGCAUGCAACAUAGCUAUCAACGACGAGGGCGAAGCAUUUUAUUCGGGAGCCCCGGACGCCGGUGCCUGCCCUCACGUCGCGGGAUGGGCGGCGUCGCUGGACUUGGAGAGCUUCAACCUCACCGGCGAUGGCCAACCCCCGCUCCUCGGCUUCAUGAUGGACGGCGUGCCACUUUUCGGGCCCCUGGAGGGCGAUAACUCCACGAGCCGCAACUUCACCGCCGACGCCUGCGGCGGCUACGCGGCGGACUCCGUCCUGCCGUUCUACCGCUACCACGCCGCGGCCGCGGGGGUGCUGCCGCCAUGUAUCCGCGGGGUUGUGAGUGCUGGGCGCGGCUUCGUGGUGCUGCCCGCGCCCAUCGGGGGCACGGCCGGGGCGUCACAGGUGCAGGACCUGUCCCAGCUGCUGCCCGAGUGGGAGAUGGGCGAGAGGACGGCCCUCCUGCGGCACGCCGCCCUGGCCCAGACCUUCCCAGCCGCCUCCGCGACGGGGGACGCCACGGGCGCGAGCGUCGACAUCGGGCGCACGCCGCCGCUGGCCACCAGAGAGCACACCGUGUGCUGGGGCCGCGGCCUCGUGCUGGACGACCACCGCACCCCGCUCGGGUCGCUGCGGCUGCUCGGGCCCGCCACCGCGGCCUUCCGCUGCGCGCUGAGCCUGCCCUGCGGGCUGCUGCUGGAGGGGGAGGGCCUGGACGCCCUGAACGGCUCUGGCCUCCUGCGGCUGUCGCCGGACCAGUCCUGCGGCCAGACGGCGGCGCCGGAGGGCUUCGUGCUGCCCGCCGUGAGCGCGGCCGUGGACGCCUCGCAGGCCUACCACCUGGGGACGCCGCGCGCCGGGGCGGUGGGCGAGGAAGCCUACACCGUGUGCUGGACGGCUCCGGAGGGCGACGCUGAGCCGGUGCCCGUCGGGCGGCUGGAGCUCGCGGGCCCCGCGAACCCGUGGCAGAGCUUCGCUUGCGAGAGCCAGCGCGUGUGCUCGGUGGCGCUCAGCCAGCACGUGGCGGGCUGGGACGUGGCCGACGCCCGGCUCGCGGCCCACUUCGGGUCGGACUGCGGCGGGGCCGCGGUGGCGACGUCGGAGGGCCGCAGCGGUGGCGUGUACGACUUCGGGGCCUUCCCCGAGGGCGCCACGGUCGGCCACUACGCCCUGUGCUGGCGCCUUGCCGAGGCUGCUGUGGAGGACGCGGUGCUCGUCGGGGAGCUCGUGGUGAGCGGCCCGGGGGAGAUAGGCCAUGUCCCGAACGUCCUGGUUGCGGGCGAGGCCUUCGAUCUGGAGGUGUGGGGCUCUGGACUCCAGGACAACGACUCCAUCCGCAUAAUUUCUGCGUCCAUCCCGUGUGGGGCGGAGGGCUCUGCGAACCACACCGACCUCCUGCGAUUCCCACAGGUUGACCCCAACGCCACAUACACGGAGACCCUGACCAGUUCCACCAAAACCCUCACCAGCACGAGCAGCACAACUGGGACAAGCACCACUCUGACCAGCACGACUGGGACCAGCACGACUCUGACCAGCACGACUGGAACCAGCACCACUCUGACCAGCUCGAGCAGAACAAGUAGUUCCACAGUGACGACCACCUCUGGCACCAGCAGCACAUCCGCAAGCAGCACCACGGAAACCAGUAGCACCAGCGCAAGUACUACGACAGCGACCAGCAGCACAACGGCCACCACCAUCUCAGGGACCAGCACAUCAUCAGCGACAAGCAGCACGCAGACCAGCAGCACAACACGCAGCACUGCGUCGGGAACCAGCACCACUUCUCAGACCAGCACAUCCGACACUUUCACCAUAACAUCAAGCACCAGCACCGACUCCAGCAGCACCACACCGUCCAGCACGACGCUCUCGAGUAGCACUGAGUCCAGCGGCACAUAUUCCAGCAGCACGACUGGCUCCAGCGGUACGACAACCAGCACGAUUACUACGGUGACGAUCACCACGCAGACGACCACUACCACGGGGGUGAGCAUCACGGGGACCAGUUUCACCACCCCAACCAGCACGACGAUGACAAGCUCUGCCACUGCUAGCACCACGACGUUAACUACAACGACUGGCACCAGCAGUACAACGCGAAGCAGCAGCACAACCUUGUCCACAACCACGGGGAGCAGCACGACGGACAGCAGCACUACAACGGUGUCUACCACCACAGUCACCAGCUUCUGGGGCACCUAUGUGAUACUGCCGGGUCUCACGCUGGUGCGUGGCGGCAAUUUCAGUGUGUGUUGGUGUCCAGGCGAGAGUGGCGACGAAUGUAGCGAGGACUUCAGCUUCAGAGUUGCAGCAGGAUCAUACAUCGUCAAAGGUCCAGAGUCCGUUGAGGCCAUACCUCCUCCAUAUCCAGGUUUGCAGUUCUCGAUUGUCAUUUCUGGAAGGAGGCUUUCGGAGGAAGAUCGUAUCAGGGUCGUGGCGGCUUCGACAGCAGCUGGCGAGAAGUGUACUGGCGACGACAAUCAGCACACUGCAGCUUUGUUGGGACCGCUGGCCGCAGAUCCCGACGCAACCUCCACUGUUUAUGAUUUCGGUGAUGCUGCACACUGGCCAAACACAAGCUUCACAAGAGCCGGAUUGUUUGAUAUAUGCUGGUGCCCCGCUCCGUGCAACAAUCUGACGCUGCGACCCUUCGCUGUACAUGCGGGCACGUUUGUUGUCUCUGGCGCAUUGGAUGUAUCUGGAGCUGACGGCAUGGCUCCCGUUCCUCUUGCGGGCGUACCGAUGCAGGUGCAGACCACGGGCAUCGGCCUCACCAUGCAGGACCUGCUGAAGGUGGUCCCCGCGGGCCCGCUUGGCUGCGCCGAGCCGCCGCGCCCCGGCCUGAUUGGGGGGGCGCUCGCCAGCGGCGAGGGGCUCCCGGACACUGGUGGCGGCUCGUGGAGCAACUGGACGUUCCAGGCGCUGCUGCCUGGCGAGGUGCUGAUCUGCUGGCGGGCGCCGGGGGAGUCUGCCGCGUGGGUGGAGCUCGCGGCGGUGGACGUGCUCGGGCCAGCGCGCGCGGCCCUGGGCGAGCAGGUGGCCGGCGUGCCGCUCGGCUGGGCGGUCGCGGGCGCCCCGUUCUCCCUGCAGCUCACCAGCGCCGGCGGUGGCGGCGUGCCCGAGGCCGGGGCAGUCGAGGCGUGGCUGCUGAACGCCUCUGGGCCACCGUGCGGCGAGGGGUCGGCUGCCAGCGGCGCCAUCGCGCGGCUCUACGAGGACGACGCCCUCCAUUGGAGCAACGGGACGACGUGGCCCUCCGUGCUGGUCGACGCCCCUGGGGACGUGCGCGUGUGCGCCGCGCUGCGGGCGGGGUGCGGCGCCGGCGGCGCCUGCGCGGGCGGCCACGCCGCGGGCCUCGGGAGCGCCUACGAGGUAGCGCUGGUGGAGCUGCGCAUCGGAGGACCUCAAGAGCUGGAGCUGCAGGAGUCGGCUGCCGUGGCUGGGGUGCCCUUUGUGCUCACCCUCGCAGGCACGCUCCUCGGCUCCGCGGACCGAGUGCAGGUCCGGGCGGCGAGCGAGCCGUGCGGCACCGGGCUCGACCCCGUCGCGGAGGGCUUCGCGCGCGGCGAGGUGCUCCCGAACGCGACCGGCGAGUCCGGAGCGGCCGGCGACAACCUCACGUGGAUGAGGCUCGACUUCGAGGUGUCCGCCGUCGCUCUGGGCGGGCCGCACCGCGUGUGCUGGUGCAGCGGUGCCCGCGACUGCUCCAACAGCUCCUCCUUCCGCGUCGACGCGGGCGAGUUCGUCGCCACCGGCCCGGCCGGCGGCGCCGCCGUGACCUGCGUGAGGGCGGGCCCGUGCGCCUUGACUCUGUCGGGGCCCGGGGCCUUCCAGGACCUCGUGGCGGAGGUGGCCCUGCGAACGUCGUGCGAGGAUUCGGAUGGCGGCUUCGUCGCCAACGUCAGCGUGGCUGAGGAUGCGCUCCUGGUGCAGUGGGACAGGCUGUACGUCGCGGUUGGGAGCUACGAGGUCUGCUGGACGGUGCUCGAGGGGGGCAGCAGCGGCGUCGCCGGCGGCACCGUGCUCGUCAUCGGCCCACACCUAGGCACCAGCUGGGGCUGCGUGGGCGGGAGAUCCUGCGGGGUACUGGGCAUCGAGGGCGUCGGUCUGCUUGCCGACGAUCUCCUGGUCGUCCGGGAGGCUCCAUGUGGAGUGUACGACCACGACCUCGGCGACGGCCGCCGCUUCCAGGGCAGCACGGACGCGGACACGCAGGUCCUCGUCCAGUUCGCGGCGCCCGUGGUGGCGCGCUACGUGCGGCUCUGGCCCACCGCCUGGCACGGGCACGUGGCGCUCCGCGCCGGCCUGUGGCUGCCGGUGUGCGACGGCUGCGCGUCCAGCACCGUCGUGGACGCCGCGCCCGAGCUCAGGGACGCCUCCUCCGUGAACGAGAGCGGCGGCCCCGCGGACUGCUUCGACUGCGGUCGGCUAGACUCGUCAUCUGCCUGGGUGGCUCAGCACAGCGCCCUCGGCGAGUGGUACCAAAUAGACGCCACGAAGGUCAUGCCGAUCGGAGGCAUCGCUUUGAGAGGACGUGGAGACCGUCCUCAAUGGGUCACCGAGUUCAUCGUGUCGUACAGCACAGACGGAGCGUCGUGGGCGACGCUGCACGAGGCCAACAGCGUCGUGGGCUUCCCGAACGGCGGAGUGACCGAGGCGAGCAGGAGCGCGGGCGCCGCCGCGUCCGAGUGGGUCUGGCCCGGGUCGAUCGAGGCGAACGGCGGGUUAUACUACCUGUGCUGGCACCCUGCGCAGGCACCGGAGGCGCCCUACCCCGGGCUGAAGCAGUUCUGGACGCCCCUGGGGAGCCUGGAGCUGGACGGGCCCGAGGGCGGCCAGGAGUUCGGCUGCACCGUCUUCCGGCCCUGCCGCCUGGGGGGCCUGCGGGGGCAAGGCCUCCGCGCGGGGGACCUCCUGAGGCCUAUGCUCAACUGCGCCGCCGAGUUCCAGUCCGCCGCGGCGAGCGCGACGGGCAACGGCAGCGAGUUCGACUGGGGCAUGGGCAUCGCGCUCCUGCUCGCGGGGAG